ACGUGCAUACAAACGCACUUCGUUUCUCUUAACUCCUCCCGGUAGAAAACGUGACACACAUCGGUUGUGUGACAGGUCACGUGACAGUCUGAGCGUUGAUCCGGAAGGUGGGGGAGCUGCUGUUACUGAGACUAGUCCAGCUUGCCUGCAUUCCUCCUCUCCCCAAAGCCUGCCCGAGAGAAAGAAGGGGGAGAGAAAACACAAAUAAUUAUUCAAAGGCGUAUUGGAUUUAUGUAGCCUACUAUUGAAGGGGCCUCGUCUCUAGGAAAGAAGGUCGAGACUAUGCCUCUUAAAUGGUCACAUCUGGCCUAAACCUUCGGACUUAUACGUUGAAAAUGCGUUAUUUAUAACAACGGAGUCUUACGUUUAUGUUCCCGUAUAGGUCAGCCAACGAAACGCUUUUUUGGACCAGCCUUUCGUCUUUCCAGAGCGAAUAUCUCUUUUUUUAAUGAGGAUUGCAAGAUGGCUGAUGACAGCUACCCUUAACAAGGACAGGAUAGCGACGUCCCCUUUAAGAUUAGAAGGGUAUAUUUUUUAUAUUUAUAUCAAUUGUGUGUGUUAAUGAUUGCUAGAAUGAACAAUUACGCUAUAGGUUAGUAAUAAUGCAAAUGGAUGCAUAUACAUUCAUAUUACAGUGGUUAUUUAUCUGUGCUUCGUGGAAAACGGCGAGGUGACGUCUGAGAUAAUUGCACGAUCUAAUCAAGCUAAGGAAGUGAAUUUUAAGGUUGUAGGCCAAAGGCUACCCUAACCAUGUCUGAAAUGUAAAAGAAGAAACGACCCACGUAGAAAAGGGCAAAAUAUAACGUUUGGGUGGAUAGAUAUUUGAUAGAUGUGUCGGUGAAAACCAGAGGCUCGCGACAGGAGUCGACAUUCCAGUGGAUUCUAAAACCCUUUGUUUUGUGCGCGUGAACCCGAAUCGGCUAUGAAACGAUUAACUAUGCAGUACAUAUCCUUUAAAUUAAGCCCGGUGUAUGUUUUCUACCCCAGCGAUUGUAAAAGCGCGUUAUUAUCGACAGAAAACUGACUAUUGUAAGAAAAGCUGAGGCCUUGUGUAGCGAUAUGCGAGCCUCGCUCGUGCCACAUAGCAGGCGUUAUUAUUCAUCAAACAGAAUAGUCAGUUUUAUGUCGCUAUUGUGUCAAAGUCCUCUGCAACGUAGCGCGGUGUGGAGGGGCAGGAGAUAAGCCUCACGUUUAUUUCAUCUGUAUAAUAGUAUGUUAUGUUAUAACGCGCGACUGACUAAAAGCCUUGACGUUUAGUUUUUAUUGUAAUUCGGACGAUCCAGACUCUCCAGAUUGUCGUAUUUACUAUUCACUGUUAAUAACCAUUAUUUGCAUGGUAAUUAUUUAAAACGUACAAAUAAGGUCGGGAUACUGAUAGCCCUCAGUUCCGUAUAUAUAUAUUUGUUUGGACCGUGUGGAGAGAACGCAGCGGUACAGAGUGUUUUGGUUUUGUUCCGUGUGUGAAUCUAUCGGAUAAUCAAUCAAAACCAAACGCAGAAUUCAGGAAAGCUAAUUUGAACCCAAAAGCGAAUAACCGACGUUGACAGGGAUCAGGUGUUUUUGCUCGAUAGAGAUCAUUUCAUACGUUAUUGAUGUGGUAAUCUAUAGAUAUUACAACGUGACGUGGUGGUACGCUUUGCCUUGUUUCAAUUUUUUUAGAUGACAACAAUGUCAUAACUGCUUCCUGUAUGCUAACACAGAGAAGCUCAAACGAAAGCAUAGGCCCCGUGUCUUUGAUUUAGAAAGAAAAGCACCCUUUACUGUAAAUCUGCAUCACCCUCAUCAGAGUGUGGUAAUCACAAUGCUGUAGUCAUCGUUGCCUGAGUCCUUCUGCUUUUAUAGAAUUUGCCUUCACGUUCCAGCAAUAAGCAGAUCAUCUGUCAGGGAGAUUUAUCUCACCAAUAGUAUAUUUUUGAAUUCUGUGGACCGACGUUGUCAGAGGAACCAGAAAAGAAGAACUGAUCUUGAGAAUCACAGAAAUUCCUUCCUUAUUUUUUUUUUUACCCUACCGUUCAGUGUCAAGAAACGUCAAGAGUUCCGGACCCCUAAUUUUCUAUAUCACAUUCAUAUCAACGACACAAAAGACUGUCCCCAGCCCCCCGCCGAGGCUCAGAAGGAGGCGACAGAACCCGGUGUAUGCCUGCACACACCUCCGCGAUGGCGUCCGACAUGGCUGAGACGUGGAGGAACUGUUUCGAGGAGGAGCUGAUAUGCCCCAUCUGCCUGCACGUCUUCUCAGACCCCAUCCAGCUGCCCUGCAAGCACAACUUCUGCCGGGGCUGCAUCAGCGAGGCCUGGGCCAAGGACUCCCUGCUGGCCCGCUGCCCCGAGUGCAACCACGCGUACUCCCAGAAGCCCAGCCUGGAGAAGAACCACAAGCUGUCCAACAUCGUGGAGAAGUACAACGCGCUGAGCGUGGAGAAGCCCGCCGCGCCGCCGCUGCAGUGCAUCCUGUGCCGCCGCGGACCCCCGCUCCCCGCCGUCAAGGUGUGCCUGCGCUGCAACGCCCCCUGCUGCCAGUCCCACGUCCAGACCCACCUGCAGCAGCCCUGCUCGGCCCUGGGCCACCUGCUGGUGGAGGCCGAGGCCGUGAGGUCCUGGACCUGCCCCCAGCACGACGAGUACCGUCUGUACCACUGUGAGGCGGAGCAGACCGCCGUGUGCCAGUACUGCUGCUUCGCCCGCUGCCACCCCAGCCACGGGCACGCCGUCACCGACGUGGAGCUGCGGCGCAACGACAUACGGCAAAACCUGCUGAGGCAGCAGGAGCGAGUGGAGGAGAGGGUGCAGGACAUCGAGGAGCAACUGUGCAAACUGGACUCGGACAAGUGUGUGGUGGAGGACCGGGUGUGUGAGCUGAAGGAGGAGGCGCGGGUGCAGUACCAGCGGAUGCAUCAGCUGCUGGAGGAAGACCUGGGCCGCACUCUGGAGGCUCUGGACCGGGCCCAGUCCCGCUUCCUCCAGGAGAACACGGCCCAGGUGCUGGCCCUGGGGGAGCAGCGGCACGAGGCUCAGAAGCUGCUCAGCUCGGUCCAAACGGCCUUCAACAAGGCGGAGGAGCUGAGCUUCAUGAAGAACACCAAGCCCAUCAGGAUCCUCAUGGACAGGUCUCAGGCCUCGGUGGGCAGCGCGCUCUCUCCUUACAAAGUGGGCAGUCUGAACUCUAAGCUCUUCCUCUCGGAGCUCCUGAAGAGAGAGAAAAGCUUGAGAAGAACGCUGGAAGCUCCCCUCACCCUAUCCUCCACCUUCCUGCAGUCAGUCCCUGCGUAUCCUAGCGGCCAGAGCUCCGCCUGUGGGGCGGAGAAGCGGAAACACUCCACUGCUUUCCCGGACGGAAACGGGAACACUGGGAAAGCCAACACCGCUGGAUUCAAAGACUCCUCCUCCGCCUCCUCUUCCUCCUCUUCGUCACUGAGCAAGCAGCCCUACCUGGGCUCCAGCUCUACAUCAGGAGAGGGCCAGUCUACCAAUCAGCAGCCUCUAGGCCCCUGUGGCCCCCCCCACAUCAGCGAGAGCAGCGGAACAGGAAGUGGGAGCAGCUCACUGACCAACCACCAUUCCGGCUCUGUGUUUGGCGCCUCCCACUUCCCGCCUGGUGGCAGUAGCUCCUCCCAUUCCUCCCAGCAGGCCGUGCUUCCGCAGUACGGCAGCCGUAAGAUCCUGGUGUGCACAAUGGAUAACUGCUACUGCUCCGGGGUCCCGUCCGUGUCAGGCCACCGCAGCCAUCCUCCCUACCCACGCUCAGGCUCCUUCCCCUGGGUCAGUGCCCAGGAUUACCCUCCUCCACCGGGCCUGGCCUCUGGGGGUCCGUCCAUGCAGGGUUUGGCAGUGAGGGACUGGAUAGACGCCUCACAGACGCACAGACACGCAGACUUCUACGGGCUCUAUGGACAGCCCUCUGCAAAGCACUAUGUCACCAGUUAACAUAGACCCACACCAAGUACACACACACACACACACGUAGUAAUAGAGGCAAACAUACCUUGUUCUAUUGGCUGGAUAGUAAACGCGUCACUCAAAUAAAGCAUUUAGAUCUACACACUUGUUUCUGUACACACACACACACACACACACACACACACACACACACACACACACACACACACACACACGUAGCACAUGAACACAAUAUCGGGGGCAGGGUCUAUCUUUGAAUGAUUUGAUUUUCUUGUUUGUUCUUUCUUUGCCUCUGUCUUUGGCUCUGGUAGCGUAUCCUACAUAGAGUGUGGGCUCUCAACGGCUCACAGCAUCCUUCCGGUUAAACUCUGGCUCGACAUGACAUUUUCAGACACAGCGCCACACAAUGGUUUGGACACGGGCCGGCGGAGCCCUGCGGUGAAGCUUCCCUUUAGCAAAUAACGAGGCCGAGAGCUGAUAAGGGGGAUGCCGCGUAGCGCUGAUUCAGCCCCUUUCUGCAUCUGUGACCAAUCCCUUAAUAUAUUGUUCUUCAGAAUCCCCCCCCCCCCCUUCUCUCCUCACCAGUCGUCCUGGGGUUGACCGCCUUAUGUUUUCGUGUUCUGUACUGUCCGCGGACUACGUUCGAUAGAUCCUGUAGGAGACGAUAAGUAGAGCACACCCGUUGUUCCGUUGGCUUCAGUUUGUCUCCCAUUGCUGCACUUAUGCCCUCCGUUCGGUGAGUUCAGGGAUGUACCGCACGGCUCCAACAUAAACCGCUCUUCCACGUUCCCCCACUGUACGGAACGCCCACAAUGCACUUGGUCACACCUUGGUAUGCCUGGGUUACUGAUGCAAAACCCACAAGAGGACAUCGGAGCUGCGUCCGAGGGGCUGGCAGACCACUGACUCUGGUCCCGAUUCGGUCCCCGUUCCUGGCUCUUGCCUUCGCAAGGGAGAGAGGAUCUAAUCCCCCGGUCUGGUACAAGGCUUCCUCCUAGGACUAAAGUUCUGUGUCUGAAGGAACCGGUCUCCAUUGAGUAGUCAUUAUACGAUUUUGUGUUAUUUGCUACAUUUGUAGGUUCCGUCAUCUUGUGUCUUGUGACUCUUCGACCAGUAGAGACAGUCGAGGCAAGAGACUUGGAGGCUGGACAGACCAAACUAAUCGACAAAAGCAUCUGGGGUGAUUGACGAUGCUUUAAUUGUACUUGCUGCAGGGCAAAGAUGUCACUUCUUCUCAACAAGCACACUAGGUCCUGGCUUCCUGUUUGCAGCUGUAAGCUGAUUUUUUUACAAGCACUCAGAAAAAUAAUGAUGGCAAAUUGUAUGGAGUUUUAAAAAAAAAUGUGCGAAGGGUAGAACGAUUUUUUCUGGGAACUUUUUCUAAAGAAGGAGACUCCGCUGCUUGAAAGGAUGCAUCCUAAAACAAAACUGGGUUGUGAACAGUCAGCCAACAGAAAAGUAUCUUUUUUGUAAAUAUUUUGUGAAAUGGAAAGAAAUUAGAUGUCCUUUGGAGGAGGGAUCCAAAUAAAUCAACAAAUUCAA